AUGUUUUCCAAAUUGGUUUUGGUUGCUUUUCUUUUAGCAAUUAUCGGGUGCCAGGCCAGAAAGCUUGGGGGGUCUGAUGAGCAGAAGGAAGCUUUUCACCAUUUGCAUGCCUAUGGGGAUGGUGGUGGCUCCGCUGGCGGUGGAGGGAACGGUGCUUAUGGGAGUGGGGGUGGAGUUGGAGGUGGAAAUGGCCAUGGAGGAGUUGGGGGUGGAAAUGGAGGAUUUGGAGGCGGGGGCGGAGGUGGAGGAGGUGGGAACGGAGGAUAUGCAGGUGGAAGUGGUGGUGCUGCUGGUGGUAAUGGGAACGGAGGAUUUAAUGGUGGAAAUGGAGGAUAUGGUGGUAGUGGUGGUGGAGUAGGCAAUGGUGGUGGUGGUGGAGUAGGCACUGGUGGUGGAGUAGGAAAUGGAGGUGGUGGUGGAGUAGGCAGUGGCGGUGGUGGAGGAAAUGGAGGUGGUGGUGGAGUAGGCACUGGAGGUGGUGGUGGAGUAAGCAAUGGCGGUGGUGGUGGAUUAGGCACUGGCGGUGGUGUGGGAAAUGGAGGUGGUGGUGGAGUAAGCAAUGGAGGUGGUGGUGGAGUAGGCAAUGGCGGUGGAGGAGGAAAUGGAGGUGGUGGUGGAGGAGGAAAUGGAGGUGGUGGAGGCAAUGGCGGCGGUGGUGGAAACGGAGGUGGUGGUGGAGUAGGCAAUGGCGGUGGUGGUGGAGGAGUGGGCACUGGCGGUGGUGUAGGGAAUGGAGGUGGUGGUGGAGUGGGCACUGGCGGUGGUGGAGGAUAUGGAGGUGGUGGUGGAGUAGGCAAUGGCGGUGGUGGAGGAAAUGGAAGCGGUGGUGGAAUAGGCAAUGGCGGAUAUGGAGGAGGCAUAGGUGGAGAGUCUAUGGAUUAG